CGGCCGCCCCCGGCCCGCUCGCUCCCGACAGGCCCUGCGCGGCCUGGAGGGCCGGCAGCCCGGUGCGCCCCGGGCCGCCCGUAGCCCCUUCCGGUCGGGCCUGGCGGAGCCGGAACCGCGCGGGCCAGGAGGAGGCAUUUCCGUGCGCUCUGGGGCAGGGUCCACGCCCGGGGUGCGUGGAGCCCCGCGGGUCUGGGGAGGGCCGAGGGCCGCCGCGCCGCGGGACGGGCACUGCCUGCUCUUUGGCGCUUGGGGGCUGCGACGUCGCGAAAGAUGGUCACGGUAUCAAGAUAAAGAGGAGGUGGUCUUAUGGAUGAAUACCGUUGGGCCCUACCAUAAUCGCCAGGAAACAUACAAAUACUUUUCGCUUCCAUUCUGUGUGGGGUCAAAAAAAAGUAUCAGUCAUUACCAUGAAACACUGGGAGAAGCACUUCAAGGAGUUGAAUUGGAAUUUAGUGGUCUGGAUAUAAAAUUUAAAGAUGAUGUUAUGCCAGCUACUUACUGUGAAAUUGACUUAGAUAAAGAAAAGAGAGAUGCAUUUGUGUAUGCUAUCAAAAAUCACUACUGGUACCAGAUGUACAUAGAUGACUUACCUAUAUGGGGUAUUGUUGGUGAAGCAGAUGAAAAUGGGGAAGAUUACUAUCUUUGGACCUAUAAAAAACUUGAAAUAGGUUUUAAUGGAAAUCGAAUUGUUGAUGUUAACCUAACAAGUGAAGGAAAGGUGAAGCUGGUUCCGAAUACGAAAAUACAGAUGUCUUAUUCAGUAAAAUGGAAAAAGUCAGAUGUAAAAUUUGAAGAUCGAUUUGACAAAUAUCUUGAUCCAUCCUUUUUUCAACACAGGAUUCAUUGGUUUUCAAUUUUCAACUCUUUCAUGAUGGUGAUCUUCUUAGUGGGCUUAGUUUCAAUGAUUUUAAUGAGAACUUUAAGAAAAGAUUAUGCCCGGUAUAGUAAAGAAGAAGAAAUGGAUGACAUGGAUAGAGACCUAGGAGAUGAAUAUGGAUGGAAGCAGGUGCAUGGAGAUGUAUUUAGACCAUCAAGUCACCCAUUGAUAUUUUCCUCUCUCAUUGGCUCUGGAUGUCAGAUAUUUGCUGUGUCUCUUAUUGUCAUUAUUGUUGCAAUGAUAGAAGACUUAUAUACAGAGAGAGGAUCAAUGCUCAGUACAGCCAUAUUUGUCUAUGCUGCUACAUCACCAGUGAAUGGUUAUUUUGGAGGAAGUCUAUAUGCUAGACAAGGAGGAAGGAGAUGGAUAAAGCAAAUGUUUAUUGGAGCAUUUCUUAUUCCAGCCAUGGUAUGCGGCACUGCCUUCUUCAUCAAUUUUAUAGCCAUUUACUACCAUGCUUCAAGAGCUAUACCUUUUGGAACAAUGGUGGCUGUUUGUUGCAUCUGUUUUUUUGUUAUUCUUCCUCUAAAUCUUGUUGGUACAAUACUUGGCCGAAAUCUGUCAGGUCAGCCCAACUUCCCUUGCCGUGUCAAUGCUGUGCCUCGUCCUAUUCCGGAGAAAAAAUGGUUUAUGGAGCCUGCUGUUAUUGUUUGCCUAGGAGGAAUUUUACCGUUUGGCUCAAUCUUUAUUGAAAUGUAUUUUAUCUUCACAUCUUUCUGGGCAUAUAAGAUCUAUUAUGUCUAUGGCUUCAUGAUGUUGGUGCUGGUCAUCCUGUGCAUUGUGACCGUCUGCGUGACCAUCGUGUGCACAUACUUCCUGCUAAAUGCAGAGGAUUAUAGGUGGCAAUGGACGAGUUUCCUGUCUGCUGCAUCGACUGCAAUCUAUGUUUACAUGUACUCGUUUUACUACUAUUUUUUCAAAACAAAGAUGUAUGGCUUAUUUCAAACAUCAUUUUACUUUGGAUACAUGGCGGUAUUUAGCACAGCCUUGGGGAUAAUGUGUGGAGCAAUUGGUUAUAUGGGAACAAGUGCCUUUGUCCGAAAAAUCUAUACUAAUGUGAAAAUCGACUAGAGACCCAAGAAAACCUGGAACUUUGGAUCAAUUUCUCUUUCAAAAGGGUGAAACUUGCACAACAAAAAAAAGCGCAAGAAGAGAUUUUGGGCUUAACACUGGGUACUCUGAGGAUGUCUCUUUCAUGGAUGGCUUAAAGUAACAUCUAUUUCCAUUGAUCUAGGUUCUUACUGACUGCUUUCUCCAACUGUUCACAGCAAAUGCUUGGAUUUAUGUAGUAGGCAUUACUACCGUAUAUGGCUAAUCCUCCCAAAAAACUAGCUCAUUAAAGAUGAAAUAGACCAGCUCUCUUCAGUGAAGAGGACAAAUUGUUUACUUAAAGCAUUUGUUCCAAUAAAGUAAAUAGAGGGAAACUUGGAUGCUAACAUUUUACAUGGAUAGAAAUCUUCCUGGCACUUGGUGUUUCUGUUAUUGAAAAAAUGAUGUUCCAGAAAGAUGACCUUUUUCCUCUUAUUUUUACUGCCAUUUGUCGACCUAUUGUGGGACAUUUUUAUAUAUUGAAUCUGAGUUCUUUUUGACCGAUUUUAUUUUUGUUUUUGUUUUCAAUUCAACUGCAUUCUUUUUUUUUUUUACAGAGAAAUUUUAAAUUCUGCAUGUAAUAUAUCUACUGUCAUCUUAGUUGGACCAACUUCCCAUUUGUCUAAUUAUCCAGUUAUAUUUUAAUUCCAUCCAAAGAAGAUACAGUCUGAAGAUAGAGGCUACUCUCUCACAAUGCAAUUUACUGUACAGUUAGAAAGCAAAAAAUGUUAAAUGGAGAAGAUCUUUGCUUUUAUUAAACAUUCUGAAAUUUAGAUAAACUACAUUUUAACUGAAUGUCUACAGUGAUUAUCAUUUUUUCUCCCAAGUUAGUCCAACAUCUUUUUUGGGUUUGAAUGAAGGCUUUACAUAAAAAAUUAUUAAAAGCAAGGGGGGAUGGAUAAUUAAUGUAUAUAACAUUAAAUAAUGUAAUGUAGGUAUAGAUUCCCAGUUGCAUUUGGAUGUACAGAUUGACUGAGGAGUACUUUUUCCUGAUGAUGAUUGGUGUAGAAAUGUGUGAAUUUGGGUGGCCUUUUACAUCUUGCCUACCAUUGCAUGAAACAUUGGGGUUUCUUCAAAUGUGUGUGUCAUAAUUCUUUUGGGAGGGGGGUUGUUUUCUUGUUUCUUUUCUGAAACUCCUAUAGGAGCUAAAUUUGUAAUUUAGAAACAUUUAAUUUUGUUAAUCCUGUCUGGGACACUUAAGUAACAUCUAAAGCAUUACUGCUUUAGAAUGUUCAAAUAAAAUUUCCUGACCAAAUUGUUUUGUGGAAAUAGAUGUGUUCAUAGUUUGAAGAUACCUGUUCAAAAACAAUAUUAAAUGCCAGUUAUUUUGUUAAUAUACUAUAAAGUAUGUUUUUCUAAUACAGAGGGCCCUCACUUAAAUUCCCAAACUUGCCUACUUCUAGAUUAUUCAGUGUAAUCACAAAGUAAACAGUAAGUCCUUUGAAUGAACUUGUGGCACAAAAUCUGUUCUAAUUGGUGUCCCGUGUAAAACGGGAUAAAGUAUGAGUGGCUAGCUAACUAUUGGCUGAACCAAUACUUUUCUUCCAUUCCCUCCCGUUUUCCUCCCCUCCCCUCCCUUCCUUUUUUUCCCCUCCCUCCUUCCCUCCUUUCUUUCCUUGUAGUGCUGGAAGAUGAACUUAGGACCUUUUACACAUGAGCUACUUCUGAGUCCUUUUUAUUUUUUACUUUGAGACAGGGUCUUACUAAGUUGCUUGGACUCGUCCCAAACUUGGAAUCCUCUUGCUUCAGCCUCCUAGAGUGCCAAAUCUGUAGCACGUGCCACUAUGCCCAAUUUAAAGUUACAGUUUUUAAAAAGAAGUGAUUUUUAAAUUUAGAAUACAUUUUUUUCAUACUUUUUUUUCAUAAUGUGAAAUUUUCUAGUUUGAUAGUUUUGCAUAGGCACAUGACCUAAAACUACUGAAUAUUAUUAUUUUUAAAAUUAGAAAGGCACAGAUCAGCUCUAUUACACCUUAAUAUGAAAGUCGUGUCAUUAAUAGUUACAUAAAAUGUUUUUACCAAAAAAUAUAUUUCUAUAAAAUGAUAGGCCCCAUAUCCUAUAUUGUGGCUAUAAAGAGUUAAAGUUUGAUUUCUUAUAAGUAUGGUUGAUGUGAACAGAUAGAAAUUUGAUCAGAAGCUGUAGGUAGAUCCUCUUGUUCAAGACUGAAUGUUAAAUAUAAUCUCAUUUUUCCAAAGUGUUUUCUUUAUCUUCACCUGCUUUUAUGAACUUAUAAGAAAUUUAAAGGUUGGUAUUUAAUUGCUUAUAUAGCUUUUUUUAAUAUGUAAAGUACUUAUAGUAUCUGAUGGAAUAUCAACUAGAGAGCACACUUUUGUCUUAAUGCAGUUUGUUUUUAAUGGUCUAAGUCUUGCAGGUAAGAUACGGAGGUUUCAAAUAAAUGGUUUAGCUGUUUGCAGGUGCACCAACUUUUUUAACUGAAGUGAGCUCUAUUUGAAGUUAUUUGAAUCUAUGAAAAUAAUUUUCUAAUUUCCACAUACACUAGAAACAUUAAGUCACCUUGAAAGUCCUUUACAAAAGAACUUAAUUGGUUUUUGGUUUUCUUCAGUGGUGAAGUAAGCAUGCAUGUGUUGAAGAAGAUGUAGUUCACAAAUGUUUUAUUUCCCUAGCUAUCAGUUGCAGAAUAAUGAAAUAGAGUAUUUUUUAAAUUAAUUAAAAGGUGGGGUUUUUCUACUCCAUUAAUGCUGCAUAUCUCUUCCAUUUGCUAACAUUUGCCCAGCUCAUCAACUCAUACUUUGAGCACAAUCAAAAACUAAAGAUAAACUUUAUGUAGCUUUAAGUGUACUUGUCCUGAAAUUUAACUUCAUUAGGUUGACAUUGUUAUACAUGUAUCCUGGUAUAAGAGAAAGUAAGGUAGAAAUGCAAUCGCUGGAGGAAUGAUAAGGUGGUAUUUCAUAUAUCAUGUUGGGCUCCUAGAUAUUUUGGGAUUGCCCUUAAACGCCAUACUCUUAGAAUUCAGUAUAUUGUGAUGUCUGAAACUAGUGAAUAGUGUGCUUGGGUGUUUCCCACUGAAUGGAUAAACCAUAAUUGGGGAUUGCUGUAAAUUUCAAUUCUUCCAAAUGCCACUUUCAUUUAGGAUUUAUCCACAAAUAGUAUUCAUUUUGAUAAAGCAUUUGUUCCCUAAAUGUUUACUAACCACUUUAUGCCAAGUGACUUGCAAAUAAAUGUUAUUUUAAAACUUGCUGAAUUUUUACAAAUGUAAAAAAGAAACCAGUGUAUUAAUUUGUUCAAGAGAGGCUACGUUCUGAAGGGCUUAUAUAUGAAUUCCGGGGGGUGAGGAAGCCUAUUUUUAAAAGCCAGUCCACUGCAGUUUCUUGAACGUUUUAGGUUUAGAUUGCAGUGUGUCUUUGUGCUUGAUUCUGUCAAUUUAUUGGAACAUAUAAGUAGGAAUAGAUGUAUGAAAACGAACUUAUUAAUGGUUUAUAUCUUCAUUAUGGUUCAAUAGUUAUGAAACUAUGUUUUAGCAAUCAAGGUACUAUAUUAAAGAGAUGAGAGAUAUGGAAAUUUAGGAAGAUUUUGCAAGUGUGUAGGAGUACAGACUAGGUUUAUAAAUAGUGUACAUCAGAAGGUUAACAUACCUGCCGGAACUUCGUAAGUUUAAAUUGACUAUGAGGAGUAGCUCUAGUUCUGUUUUACUUUUGGGGGACAGGGUCUUACUGUGUAGUUCACACUAGCCUUGAACUUGCUUAUGUAGCCCAGGCUGGCCUUGAACUCAUGGUGAUCCUUCUGCCUCAGCUUUCUGAGUGCUGAGAUUAUAAAAGUGUGCCAUCAUGGCUGGCUCCAGUUUUCUUUUGUAAGCAUUUCCUGAAAGUUGGGUCUGGUUUAACGUUCUUAUUUGAGCUGUUAAUAGAUAUGUACAGACACAGAAAUAAAAUGAAAUUCUUGUUUCGUUGUUAGGAAAUACAAACUGCUGUGAAAGCAGUUUAUAAAUGCACUGUUGAACUAGGCUGUAAUAAAAAUGACAAAGUACAGUGUGUGAACCCCAGUUCAUCAACUUAGGUCGUUUAAAGUUAUAAGCAUCUGUAAGAGCUUAGGACAAGGAAGAAAAACAAUGGAGUUUUAUUUGAAGGUCAGCAGCAUUCUUGGAAAAGCAGUCCCACCUGGUCUUUCAAACUUGAACCUAUAAAUCCUCACAAAGCAUGGAUAAUCAACAGUUGAAAGGAAGCCGUACCCAAUGAUCACUUCAAUUUUGUAUACACCCUUGAUUUGUGAAGGCCAUAUUCCAACUACCUUUUUGGUCAUAGAAAUCCAGUAUAUCAUGUAUAAAAUACAACUGAGGUUCUAAUCUAGUCUGUUACUCUAUCUGGAGAUGGAUUUUUAAAGAGUAAUAAAAGUUAAAUGGACUUCCUUUGGA